AUGAAGCUCUCGACUCUAAGCACAGCUGCCUUGACCCUCGGUCUCGCCACCGCCGCUCCCCUCGACACGAAACCAUCGCCGUACAAAGCUCACUCAACUACAGACGCCAUCAUACCAGCAACCAUCAGCACCGAAGCCACGUCCUGCGAGCCCCAAACGAUCACCAUUGUCUCCACCGCGACCGCGACCGCGACCGCCACCCUAGCAACAAUUUCCCUCACCCAACCCAUCCGCAGCAGCACACCCGUCAACAGCACUAGCACCCCGGCCGCCAGCCCCAGCACACCCGCGUCCCCCUCUUCAGGUCCAGGCACGAGCCUCACCCUCCUCCCAACAGGCACCGGCCUCCUCCCCACCGGCCAUCCUCCACGACCCACCGGCACAGGCAUCUCUCCCAGCAGCACAGGAACCGGCAUCUUCCCCACCGCACCUUCGCCCACCGCUCCCCUACCAAGUGGCACUUCAAACCCCAGCGCGCCAUCCUCCCCCAACCCCACAAACAUCCCCUCCUGCCCCAAGAACGGCGAACUCCUCUGCAACGGCCCCUCCGAAUUCGGGCUGUGCAACUGGGGCAAAGUGGUUUUCGUGCCCGUGGCGGAGGGGACGAAGUGUGUGGGUGGAAGGAUCGUGGAUGCGAGGGGGGCUUAUGAGUAUGAGCAUGGGCAUGAGAGUGGGCAUGGAGGAUGGGGGAAGGGGCCGUGGCAGACGUAUGCUGCUUGA